UGCAAACGCUGCGACUUAAAACUUCACUGACUGGCCACGGUCAAAAUCAUCGACCUUUCCCUCUCUCGACACACAGUUUUACUCCGGAGAGAGCGAGCGAGAGAGAGGAUGAUGGAGGGUUACUGGAGUCUAAUACUGUAUGGAAUCGGAGGAAUAUUGGCGACAAGUGUGGGAUUAUUAGUAGCGUUUCAGGAGAAACUGAUAUACGUGCCGGUGGUUCCAGGUCUAACCAAGUCUUAUCCAAUUACUCCCGCUCGUCUUCGUCUUCUUUACGAAGAUGUCUGGCUCAGAUCUUCUGACGGUGUUAAGCUUCACGCCUGGUUCAUUAAGCUCGCUCCUGAUUCCCGUGGGCCGACUAUUGUGUUUUUUCAAGAAAAUGCUGGAAAUAUCGCCCACCGGCUUGAAAUGGUUCGCAUAAUGUUACAGAGACUACAGUGCAAUGUUUUUAUGCUUUCUUAUAGAGGGUAUGGUGCUAGUGAUGGCUUCCCAUCUCAAGAAGGCAUUAUCAAUGAUUCCCAGGCUGCACUGGAUCAUCUGAUUCAGAGGACAGACAUUGACAAAUCUAGAUUAGUAGUAUUCGGAAGGUCACUAGGAGGUGCAGUAGGAGCUGUACUGUGUAAAAACAAUCCUGACAAGAUUGGUGCACUGAUACUGGAGAACACUUUCACUUCCAUCCUAGACAUGGCUGGAGUUCUGUUGCCUUUUCUGAGAUAUUUUAUUGGUGGAAGUAGUUCGAAGGGUCCUAAAGUUCUAAAUCGUUUUGUUCGUUCUCCUUGGAGUACAAUUGAUGUUGUUGGGCAGAUCAAGCAGCCGAUUCUUUUUCUUUCCGGGUUAAGAGAUGAAAUGGUUCCUCCAACACACAUGCAGAUGCUAUAUGCUAAAGCAGCUGCACAUAACAGAAGUUGCCAAUUUGUGGAUUUUCCUAAUGGCAUGCAUAUGGACACAUGGAUCUCUGGAGGUGAUCACUAUUGGAGAACUAUUCAAUCGUUUUUGGAAGAAAAUGUGCCAGAGAAAGAUGAAUGAUGAGAUGCCUAAUGCCUUCAAGGGCACUUUGUCUAAGAGUGUAUCUUAUUGCCGAACAUUGCUGCUGUGUUUAUCCAUGUCGAUGGGGGCAGAAAGCCAUUUUUGCAUUCAAAAUUCGGAGGAUGCCAAUAGUUGAAUGCUUACUGUGAUAUAUAAUUUGUAUCAAAUUACAUAUGAAUUUGUUCUUUUAAGUUUUAAGACAGUGUAGUAGAUUUUUUUACUGGAUUGGUAUCAUUUUAUUGGUAGUUAACUAACCAAUUAAAUCCUACAGAUUGGGUUGAAUUGAAUCCGCAUCAGCAUUGUGAAAAGUUAGUAACCACAAUUGAUGGUGCCUAUUUUUGUUUGA